UGAGACCGGUUCUCUCUCCAAUCUUCACUCACAACCGAAUUCUCAGACUCAGCCAACCCGAAACAAUCUAUAUAUGAUUCUUCAUUCCUAACCUCAUGAUUCUCGUUUACUCAUUCCCCUCCCAACCGUAUCAUCAAUUUCCGUUUCCGACACCAUCCACCGAGAACUCCCUCCACGUGUCACUCCUCCAUUCGCCGUCCCUCCGGUGCCUGUGAUCACCGCCUCACACCGCUAUCAAACCCCCCAACGCCUCAACCUUCUCCCCUUUUCGUAACAGUUUCCUCGUCGCACCAAAACACUACACAAUACUUCCCUCUUCUCUGUCUCACACACACUCAACACUGAAAUUGAGAUUACAGCAUAUUCAUGGAUAUGGCUCAGGUGAAGACACGAGCUCGAACUGCAUUGGGCGUUGGAGCUUCUGCGACUUCACCGAAGAGAAGGAAAAUCGCCAUUAACAACAGCAACAACAUCUCACCGUCCUCCUUCGUUCAACUCAAGAGUUUGAGUAAUACAACCUCGCCGGAGUCGGAGGAGCGCUGUUCCGGCGAAUCUCCGGCGUCGUGUUGCUCCAGCAACGGAUCCUUCGACGAAAACCGAAUCAUCAAAUUCUCAGAUCUGGAGGUAGAGAACGCUCAAGUUGAAACGUCGACGUGCAACUGCGGUGAACAACAAAUGAGGAGAGAGAUGAGUCUCUCGAGUGAGCUUCGAAUUGCGAAUUCGCAGGAGGUGGAUUCAGCGGAGAAGAAGCCAACGAUGCAGACCAAAACCAAAUCUCGAUGUGGCGUUCCACCAGCGCCGCAGAAAAGGCCAACGGAGUCGGAGCUCGAAGAAUUCUUCGCCGUCGCGGAGAAAGACAUUCAGAAACGCUUCUCAGAAAAGUAUAAUUAUGAUAUUGUGAAAGACAUGCCCUUGGAAGGACGAUACGAGUGGGUGAAAUUGAAGCCAUAAAAGUGACCAACCUUGAAGAAAGAAAACGGUGAAAUGCUACUUGCUGACAUUAUUCUCACAUUAAAUUUACUUGAGGUACUUGAUUUUAAUUACUUCUGUUUUCUGUCUUCCACGGUCGGAGUACGCUUUUGUUUGGUGUACAGUUAUGUUUAGUUUUCCUCCAUGGUUAAUUAAGGUGGAGGGGGAUUUAUCUCGCUUUUGUUAGUUGUGUACGGGUUAUAGAUACGGAGAAGCUAGUUCUGUGCGGAAUUCUGUAAAUUCCGUUGGUAAUGACUGUAGCGCAAAUGGUUCCUAUAAGGCUAUAACAAAAUUGUAGCCUCAAUUUUCUUUCUUUGUGCUUCCCCCUAAAAUUCGUGUCUGUUUCUCUGUUUUUAACUUUGAAGGGUACAGCAAAGUCAGUGACUGUUAUGUUAUCUUCUCUUUUUUCUUUAUCUUUUCUUUCCUUC